AUGCUGACCACCACGCCCCUUCUCAUGCUGGCGUUCGCCGCGACUGGCUUCGCCCAGGCCCCCGAGGGUUACCGUACCGUGUACAUCACGUCGAUGGUUGACUCCAAGUUCGUCGUCGUUCCCAAGUCGGCCGCCAGCGGUAGCACCGUCGUUGUCCAGACAGGUACCCAGAAACCCGAGCAGCAAUGGUACCUUAAGACCGGCAGCUCUAAGAUCCAGCUAGCUGGUACCGGAAACCUCUGCCUAGAUGCAGGUGCCCAGAGCAACUGGAAGGACAUGGCCUCCAUCUCCCUUAAGGAGUGCUCCGACACCGAAGACGGCCAGAAGUGGGAAGUUAAGGAAGAUGGCCGAAUCGCUCUUGAGAAGUCGACCCCCCAGGAGUGCAUCGACCUCCAGUACAUGAGAGCCACCGAGAACAACCCCGUCGGUCUAUACAGCUGUGCGGGUCUAGGAAACACCGGUGCCGCCGACAAGGGCAUCAAUUGGCCCCUCGUCGACGCCACCAGCCCCUAG